UAAUGCCUGGUUAAUUACAGCUCCAGACAGCCAUUGGAGCAGCCAGCCACUUCCUUCUCCUCAGACACAGUGUCCCGGGCUCUGGCUGUUUGCACAGAACUUUUGCACAGUCCUUCCCCUUGGAUCCCCAGGGUGACUGUAUCUGCUCCCCCAGUGAGUGGUGGUGGGAGGUCUUCUCCUUGUCCUGGGUGCAGGGGGAGGUGUCCUGCCUGGAAGAUGAGGAUUGCUGCAGGGGAAACCCUCCUUCCCAUCCGCUGUUGCUGCUGUGAUUGCUCAGCCCCAUCCAUGGCCGGUCUAUGGGAUUGCUAGGAGGACAGAGCGCCUGAUCAGCUGCACGACCGGCGUCAACACCGAGAAGGCAACACUGCAUCGACCAGAAGGGCUGUACAAUGGUGGAUGGUGGUGUAAUUAUUCCCAUACUCAUAAUGGUCGCCUUUUCAUCUUCUAGCAUGGGAGAUGAGGAGGUUAAAGGGAAUUCCGUCCAAUAUAAAUGUGUGUGUGAGGGGAUUUCCUGCGGCAGCAGAGACCGCUGUUACGGACAGCAAUGCUUCGCCUCAAUCAGUAUGAACGAUGGUCUCUUGGUUUCUCAGAAAGGCUGCUUCCAAGUCUACGAGCAAAGCAGAAUGACCUGCAAGACCCCUCCUUCUGCUGACCAGGCAGUGGACUGCUGUCAGGGCGACCUCUGCAACAUGAACAUUACAGCGCACUUACAAAGUAAAGGUAAGUCGGGCACCGUCGAGACAUUAAAUUACAGCGUGGAAACCCUGGCAAUAUUUAUCCUGGCUCCAGUAGUCGUACUAAUAGUGCUUUCAGUUGUGGCCCUUCUGGUCUUCCGGAAAAUUCAACAGCGGCACAUGGAGCGGCUGAGUACACGAGAUGCGGAGUAUGGGACUGUGGACGGGCUGAUCGCGUCCAACGUGGGGGACAGCACACUUGCGGAUCUGCUGGAUCACACGUGCACAUCUGGCAGUGGGUCUGGGCUUCCCUUCCUGGUGCAGAGAACAGUGGCCCGCCAGAUCACCCUUGCAGAAUGUGUUGGUAAGGGUCGGUACGGAGAAGUAUGGCGCGGCCACUGGCAGGGAGAAAGCGUCGCUGUAAAGAUCUUUUCAUCCCGAGAUGAGAAGUCCUGGUUCAGAGAGACUGAAUUAUACAACACGGUGCUGCUAAGACAUGAAAACAUCCUAGGUUUCAUUGCCUCCGAUAUGACUUCAAGAAACUCCAGCACACAGUUGUGGCUUAUUACGCACUACCAUGAAAUGGGAUCCCUCUACGAUUACUUACAAGUAACCACAUUAGACACUGUGACCUGUCUCAGAAUUGUCCUUUCCAUAGCCAGUGGACUAGCGCAUUUACAUGUGGAGAUUUUCGGUACGCAGGGGAAACCUGCUAUUGCUCACCGGGAUUUAAAGAGCAAGAACAUUCUAGUUAAGAAGAACGGACAGUGCUGCAUUGCUGAUCUAGGAUUGGCCGUGAUACACUCACAAUCAACCAAUCAGCUCGAUGUCGGGAAUAACCCCCGUGUAGGAACCAAGAGGUACAUGGCUCCCGAAGUCCUCGAUGAGACGAUCCAAGUGGAUUGUUUUGACUCUUACAAAAGAGUUGAUAUUUGGGCUUUUGGCCUGGUCCUCUGGGAGGUCGCCAGACGCAUGGUUAGCAACGGUAUUGUUGAAGAUUACAAACCCCCCUUUUAUGACGUUGUUCCUAAUGAUCCUAGUUUUGAAGAUAUGAAGAAACUUGUCUGUGUGGAUCAACAAAGACCAAACAUUCCUAAUAGAUGGUUUUCAGACCCAACGCUAUCAUCCCUGGCUAAAUUGAUGAAGGAAUGCUGGUAUCACAACCCAUCGGCAAGACUCACAGCCUUGCGCAUCAAAAAGACUUUAACCAAAAUCGACAAUUCCUUAGAUAAACUGAAAUCGGACUGCUGAACGUCAGCGAAAAAGAAUCGGACACAGUGCUUGAUUGCCGAGGUGUAGGCUUUUUUUUCCCUUCUUUUUGCAAACUGUAACUGUAAAAGCCGAACUUCUUAACACAUAACCUGCCUUUUUCAAGACAAUCCUGCUAUGGGUGUCUCAAGAUAUGGCCUACAAUUCCUAUAGCAGCAACCUGGCAGGAUCCUGGCUACAACAGUCCACUUGCAAAGAUUUAGACCCAUGCAAAUGACCAUGGGAGUGGAGGGGAGGAUUUUGGAUAUAUUUGGGCAUUAAAAGCUAAAUUUUUGGAAGCGGAAGAUGUUCCCCCGAAGCCCUCGGCCAUUCCCAAGGAAUUCACAUGGAUCUUGGCAGAUUUUAAUUAGCAAUAUUUCCUGUGCGUCUCCGUUCUAUUGCACUAGAAAUUCUUUGCAUUCCUUGCUUGCGCUGUAAAGGUUUAAUUUAAUGACAGAUGCCAAAAUAUAUGGUUGACCGUGUACGGAUCUGUGUUUUAUGAAUUACACCAAUUCAGUUCUGGGGAAUGAUCUAAAAAGCCUGAAAUACAAGUCGUCAGCAUUAGCUGGAUUUUACACGUGUACUGAUGUUUACAAUAAUGCUGAACAUAAGAAUUUUUUUUUUUUGUAAUCUAUAAAAACUUCAAUUUUAUUUAUUAUAUGUGCACUUAAGUUUCCAAAAAAAAAAAAAAAACUUGACAGUGCAAAUGGCUACCGCUAUAUUUUGUUUUCUUCCAGCUGUUCACUACUUCUUUUGUAUCACACGACGAUGAGGAAUAGUCUGUUUUCUGUACGAUCACAUUGCAAUUUCACAUUAUUAUUUCUUCUCCAUCUUGCGAAGCGAGUGGUCUCGUAAUCUGUUGUCGCUCUCCUCGUUCCCGCCCGCGUUUUACGGACAUAGGAAAUGGGAAACAACAUUGUGUUUCAAUUUCCAGAGACAAAUUCUGGAGGUGGGAAUUGGGGGAGGAGCACGGGAGAUGGCUUUCUUUUAAGCGAUAUGAUAUGUUGCAUUGUAAACUCUGCCAGAAGAUAACUAUUUUGUUUUAAUCUACUUUUUGUAUUUAGUAGUUAUUUGUAUAAAUUAAAUAGAAUGUUUUGAAGACUAAA